CGGGCGCCACGCGAGAGGCCGGCGUGAGCGUGAGAGCGCGCGGAGGCAGUGGCCGCCGGCGGCCCGGACCCGCCCGCCGCCGCGGUUACCGCCGGCAUGAGCCACAUCCAGAUCCCGCCGGGGCUCAUGGAGCUGCUGCAGGGCUACACGGUGGAGGUGCUGCGGCAGCAGCCGCCCGACCUCGUCGACUUCGCCGUGGACUACUUCAGCCGCCUGCGCGAGGCCCGCGUCCAAGCCUUCGUGCCGUCCGCCGCCCCUCCCUCAGCGGCGGCCGAGCCGGGGCCCAGCCCGCUCCCCGUCGCCGACGAGAACGCCGACAGCGACUCCGAGGAAGACGCCGACCUGGAAGUUCCGAUUCCUAGCAGAUUUAAUAGACGAGUAUCAGUCUGUGCCGAGGCCUAUAACCCUGAUGAGGAGGAAGAAGAUACUGACCCAAGGGUGAUUCAUCCUAAAACUGACGAACAGAGAUGCAGACUUCAGGAAUCUUGCAAAGAUAUUCUCCUUUUCAAAAAUCUUGAUCAGGAACAGCUUUCUCAGGUUCUUGAUGCCAUGUUUGAAAGGAUAGUCAAAGUUGAUGAACAUGUCAUUGAUCAAGGAGAUGAUGGAGACAACUUUUAUGUCAUAGAAAGGGGAACUUAUGACAUUUUGGUAACAAGAGAUAAUCAGACACGCUCUGUUGGUCAGUAUGAUAAUCGUGGCAGUUUUGGAGAGCUAGCUCUGAUGUACAACACCCCAAGAGCUGCUACCAUUGUCGCUACUUCUGAAGGCUCCCUUUGGGGACUGGACCGGGUGACUUUUAGAAGAAUCAUAGUGAAAAACAAUGCAAAAAAAAGGAAGAUGUUUGAAUCAUUUAUUGAGUCUGUGCCCCUCCUUAAAUCACUAGAGGUAUCGGAACGAAUGAAGAUUGUGGAUGUCAUCGGAGAGAAGGUCUAUAAGGAUGGAGAACGCAUAAUCACUCAGGGUGAAAAGGCUGAUAGCUUUUACAUCAUAGAAUCUGGGGAAGUGAGCAUUUUGAUUAAAAGCAAGACUAAAUCAAACAAGGAUGGUGGGAACCAGGAAGUUGAGAUUGCCCGCUGCCAUAAGGGGCAGUACUUUGGAGAGCUUGCACUGGUCACCAACAAACCCAGAGCUGCUUCGGCUUAUGCAGUUGGAGAUGUCAAAUGCUUAGUUAUGGAUGUGCAAGCAUUUGAGAGGCUUCUAGGGCCCUGCAUGGACAUCAUGAAGAGGAACAUCUCACACUAUGAGGAACAGCUGGUGAAGAUAUUUGGCUCCAGCAUGGAUCUAAUCGACCCUGGGCAGUAGGUGUGCCACAUGCUAGAGCCUUCUCAGUGUGACACCAAAACCUUCCGGUCAGCCACAGAACACACACGGAAAACAGACACGACAGAACCGUUCCUGCUGUUGCCACCGCCGCUGCCAUUGCUGUGGUUAUGGGCAUUUAGAAAACUUGAAAAGUCAGUACUAAAGGACGGACAGAGGUUCGACCCACACCUCCACUCUGCUUCUGAAAGCCCGUUACUAGACCACUUGUAGUGAUUAUUCCAACCCGGUUUUCACAUCUUGGUUCAGAAUGGCAUGUCUCUCCAACAAGUUAAGUGCCUGAUACAAAGUCCAAAGUAUAAACAUUCUCCUUUCCUCUCUUGCUGCUACUGUUACUUUUGGAAGUUGUCACAAGGUCUGCAGAAACCCUUUGUGUAACUGUAGACAUGCUCAGCCGGUCUUUCUCAAGGGAGCAAAUGCUGUAGCUCUGUCUCCUCAUUUAUCCUUUGAGAAAGCCGACAUUGGUUCACAAUUGCAGCCUUGGGAGUUUUACUGUAGAGGACGGCAGCAGAUGUGAGUGAGGUGUGUGCUCCAGUGGCACUGUCCUGUGUGCUGACAGCUGCACACACCACAGCGGCCUCUGAACCCACAGAGAUGCCCAGGGCCCAGCAGGCCAGCUCCCAGAGCACUCAUAGGUCAGUGGGUCCCAUGUUGGAACAGCAAAUUUGGGUUCAGCACAUUUUACUGGUAGUAGAGAGCCAGGAAAGGUUUUCUGGGUUAGGGUUUUUUGUUUUCUACUAUGUUUAGUAGGUUUUUGUUUUGUUCUGUUCUGUUUAACCUCUGUGCAGUUUGCAUGAAUGAAUUGCUGUCCACUUAUAAAGAGCCAGGGUCUGGAGGUGCCAUUACUUUGUCUGACCCUGGGCAACUCCUGCCAUUUCGUGUAUCCCGUUGCCCUGCCCGCUGAUGGCAGUAUGUUGGCAAGAGGCUGUACUGCAGUGAGCCCUUACCUUCUGCUCUACGAUUGUCGCAAAGCUUCAACAGCCUUCAGUUUUUAAAUUGUCAAAAGAUCUUUUUAAGUUCUCUAUGGAAUUCUCCUUAGACGUAUUCAUAUAUAUGGAGUUUGUCAGCUCACCCAGACAUUCAUCUUAAAGAUGAAUUCUAUUAUUUUUAAAAAUUGGCAUCAUUUAUAAUUUCAGAGAAUUAAAGUUUUUCUGAUUAAGAUGUUGAGAUAGUUGGGUUUCUAAUUGUUAAUCCCAGGAGAAGUUAAUUUAGCUUAUAUCUAAAGCUUUUUAAACUUUUAAUUAUAUCAGGUAGAAUUAUGAUCGGUUAUCCUAAUUAGUUGGUAUGUAAAUUUUCUUUCUUCAGAAUGACUUAAAAUCAGAUGCUACAGGGACUCCUAGGAGCAGUAUAAGAUUUACAUAUAGAUAUAUCAAAUAUUGUAGCCAAAUUUAUAUUAAAUCAAGAGGCCCUUUCCAAUAUGAUUUUCUGUUUCUGUUUAACUUGUAUAACUCAAUAAAUCCCUAAGAGAUUAUAUGCUGGAGCUUGGGUCAUUCCUGUUGUGGAUAGUGAUGGAGCCUAGUCAGUUACCUUCCGUUGUCCACACAAUCUACUCUCUGCUUUUACCAGGGACUGUGUGGCCAAGAAAUUUCAGGAGUGGGUUGCCCACCACACCUUGAUAAUCCCUUACUUUUUCUUGUGCUCCAUGACGUGAAAACAGAAAGACUGCGUUCAGACUGCCCUCAGUAGCCUACAUUGCAGCUCUCAGAGUCAUGAAAGAUUAUAACUAGUGCCCCAAAACAGGCAGCUAGUCCUGGGAGAGCCCAUGUGGUGAUCCCACAUUUUCCUAAGGUUCUGCUUUCCUAUGGCAUAGCUUUAUUAUCAAAUACAUUCAGAAAGCAGACAAGAACCACGCGUUUCUUGUAAAAGUAGCAGCUUCACUGGGCUUCAGGAGUGACACCAGGGUCCAGCCCCAGACCUUGUGAGAAAGCUGUUUGAACACUGAGCAGAUGUCCCUCCCCAUCCCCCAUACCAGCAUCAAUUAGGGCUGGCAUGAAUUCCGUGCCAGAGUCACUCCUGUAGGCUUGCAAGGCAUGGGCCUUCUCAUCCAACCUCCUCACACAUCCAGGUCUGGUCUUUCCCUUCACAGAACUCUCCUUGUUGCUUUUCAGAGUAGAAUUUGUCAGGUUUAAGUUCUCCUGUUCUAACUACUGAUUGACAUAUGGAUCAUCAGUCUAGACCUUGAGGAGGCUGGGUUCUAGCUUGAGGAAGGGAGACUUUAAAGAGACCAGUGUGAGUCAGACAGGACAUAGCCAUUAGCACAGUGCCAGGACCUGACAGCGUUCCAGUUCUCACUGAAGCAUGAGGAACCGAAGGUGGCAGGUCGAAUUCAACUCAGGGCUGUGGUGUCCACGUUACACCAGGCAAGCCUUGCACUGAUGGUUGGUCCCCAUAGGAAGGAGCAUGGAUUGGGAAGAGAUCCCUCUAUUAACUGUUUUAUGUUGUUCUCUUAUAUUGGUUAGGGCUGCAUGCCCUCUUUUAUGGCUUUGCUGCUGUUUUUGGAUGGUAGAGCAACUUUCUGGAAACCCUGAGGUCCAAUCUGAAGUGUCUCCUUCUUUUUGGCCCCUAGCUUAUCCCAUCCACUCUUCUCAGAAGGAAUGGUUCCUGUAUUCUUGUCCUCUUAGUCAAUAUCUUCAUAUAGAAUUGCUGUGGGUUCUCAGACCAGAGCAGAGUUUUUCUUUGAGCAGUUUAAUGAGCAAAUUCAGCAGCAAAGUAGCAAGAGAUGGUUCUCCAGCAAGGACAAGUCACGUUCCUCCUCCGCUUGCCCAGACUCUCUGUUCAUGAUGGUGUAGUCAGCGAGAGGUGCCAGUGGCACCCAGCAGCACCCUGGGCACACAGCAUUUCAUGUCGUGUCACAGUGACAGCCCUCUCAUUUAGAAAAACUGAAAGAGCAUUUUGCACAGAGAAAAAAGAAAAAGACCCAUGAAUGUCACCUUUCAUCUUUUGUUUUUAGUUGGCUGAUGGAAUUUUUGUUCUUGACAUGCACUUGUAAACCAAUCUUGCCAAGAUACAAGUUGUUUUGGUUUUUCACUACAAUUACCUCUUGUUCCUCCUGUCUUGACUGCUGACGUUCCUCAAUGAUUCUAAUGUCUAUUUUAUGGGAAGCAGCCUUCCCAUGGGUUUCCUUUUACAUACUGCAGGGCUAUCUUUAUACUUAAAAAAAAAAAAAAAAAAAAAAAGGACAAAAACUGUCACUAACCUCAUGGGGGAUUUGCAGAAAAAUCAUUCAGCCCAAUUUGAGCAAAGGGUAGAUUUCUCAUUGUUUUUUUUGAAGCUCAUUGUAAUUGUAAUAAAUCAAAUUCAGCAUUAUUGUGCUACCUCAAUGGUAAAAAUGUUUUAAGGUCUUCGUUGGGUCCUGAGUUCUAACAUAGUGUUUGAAAUGUCUUUCAAUUGGAAUUAUUUUUUAAAUCAUUGGGAUGAAUCAUUUUAAACUGUUUUACACUUGUAUUUUAAUCUCAGAAUAAGUGAUUAGAAAGCAAUCAAUUCUUGCUCUGUGGUAUUAACAUAUAAUUAAAAAUCAUUAAGAUUAAAUCAUUGUUUGCCAUAAACAAGGUUGGGUUUUUUAAAAGGAAACUCUAGGGCUUGGCUUCACUCUUGGUUAAUAAAGGCUGACAAAUCAUGUCUGAG